AUGUUCUUUUUGAUUUUCGUUCUGCAAUUCUGUAGAUUGAUAUUAGCUGAAUUCGACUUUGUUCAAUAUGGAGAAACAGAAGAGUUCUCAAAUUACAUGAACAAUGCGUCGCUCAUCUUGAAAGAAUUAUUCAUCACACGUGAAUAUGAGAAAGAAUUGGCGCCGAUUUUCGUUCCGAUGCCUGUUAAUUUUUCGAACAGUGAAACGAAAAGGAUGAGGGUCGACUUACUUUUGUCUUACGUAAGAGUCUUCAACUUGGAUGCUGAGAAACAGAGGUUUAAUACGAGAUUGGAGAUCGAAAUGAGCUGGCGUGAUCCAAGGCUCGUUUGGGAUAAGGCCGACUUUGGAGGCGUCGAUUCGAUUGUAACUACUGCGGAAAAGCUGUGGAUUCCCGACACUGUUGUGUCAAAUGCAAGAGUCUUGGACGAGGUGAGCGGGAUCGCUGCUCAAGGUGCUCAGAUCUACAGCAAUGGCUCAAUAUUUCUAACAACCGCCUACUAUUCCGAGACGGCUUGCUCAAUAAAUGCUAACAAGUUCCCAUUCGACAAGCAGAACUGCAGCUUACCGAUUCUCUCUCUUUCCAUGCAACCACAAUGGAUCUCACUUUGGCCUAGAGUACUGCCUGAUCUUGAGAAUAAUUUCGAGGGAAAUGGUGAAUGGGAGGUGAUCGCCGCGAUCCCGGUUACCUACUCAAUCACGGCAAAACAACCGCUAGAAGUUGUAGCGUUCAUGAUCACGAUUAAACGAGAGCCAAACUUUUAUGUUUACUUAGCCAUCGGUUUGACGAGUCUCGUGUCAAUGACCGUUCUUUUGGAUAUGCUUGCUGAUGCCAUUCCGAAGACUCGCGUAUUUCCUUUAUUGGGCAUUUAUGUGGUUGUCUGCGUUGCCAUAACUUCAGUGGCUUGUAUCAGCCAGCCAAUUUCGGGACAAGAGUCCGAGAUC